GUUCUGACUCAAGAGAGAACAGAAGAAUGAAAAUGAGUUUGUUGCUGUUGGUCGGUGUUAUUUCCUGGUCUACCGUGUUAGCUGACAACAAUUGGCAGUUUGAAGGAACCAUUAACGACGAUACGGAUAACGAGAAAUACAUUAAACUAGACGAUACAGAUGAAGGAAAUGCAGUCUUUCAUUUAACAAGCAGCUGUGAAAAUACUGGUGACGAUACAAGUUAUCUUCAGAUUAAGCUAUACGAAUUCAGUACAUUAAUGACAGUGAUAUACAAAGAUGUUAUCUGUGGAGGAGAGUCGGAAACUAUUCGUUACUCAGAACCACAGAAUGUAGAAAGUGCGAAAGAGUAUAAAAUACAAGUGUUUGGGAAGCAAGGAAUUGAAUUCAAAAUCAAGCUGGAAUUAGAAGAAACAGAUAUAGUUAUGGAGGACAGUGAAGGUACUGUAGAUGGUACCAUUGCACGAAAGACUAUGCUUGUAAAGACCUUCACUCUCACUGAAGAAGAUAUUAAAAGUACGAGUGAUUGGAGUUAUGUAGAGAUCUCAGCAGAGUCUGAUGAUAAGUUCAUGGAUUUAGAAAAAACGGAUUUGUCGGACAAGCGACUAGUAGGGAAGAUGAUGGUGACUAAUAAUACCGCUAACUUGGAAGAUUUCUACUCCAAUCCUAAAGCUGCUCUUGAUGGAGCUAUCCGAUUAAGUUUCUCUACAUUUGGUCAAAUAACAUUAUCCAGUGCCUCUAAACCUGCCCUUACACCUGGACGGUGGCUUGUUGGUGUUGUCAUGGACCCCAGUCAUGGUUCAAAUAUACGAGCAAAACAAGUGACGUUAAAGAUAAAGAUUGUAAAUGACUACGAGUACCUUAACAGGGUGCUAAUACUGUUUUUUGUUUCUUUCCUUGGACUCAUCAUUCCUAUGUUGGCUCGAGCAAUCUUUGACGUUGAGAACGUCAAAUAUGAAGGCCUUAAGUUCAAAUAUUGGCUGGAAACUCUAAAGAAUUGGUUUUGGUCGGGGAAGAAGGGACUAACUUAUCUCACAGCACUUUUGGCGUGUCUUCUCAUCGUCAGUGCUUUCCAAGUAGUACACGCUAAAUAUAAUGACAUGCAAGAGUCAGGGGACAGAGACAUUUGCUUUUACAACGAAAAGUGUUACCGACCUUAUGGGGAUUACUACGAUGUAUCGGUGAACGGUAUAGCUAGUAAUCUUCCUUUCAUGGUGCAAGGAGUUAUUCUUGUAGUUUACUUCUCCAUCUCUGAAGCGUACUGUAGAUCUAAUGGUCACGAGCAUUUCGACUACUCGAUACCUUAUUCCUUUGGACUGGCCUUUAUCUGUGAAGGGUUUGGAUCACUUCUGUACCACAUCUGUCCUAGUCAAAUAAUCUUCCAGUUCGACACCUUGUUCAUGUUUGUGAUCUCCAUCAUAAUGAUCAUAGCUAUCUUCGAGGGAAACUCUAUCCGGGAGUGUGAUGUGAGGUUUACUAAGGUGGCAAAACACAAAGCGAUAAGAACCCCAAAAGUUUUUGCUUUCUUUGUUGGUCCUGUCUAUUUUUUCAACUUCAUUGGCAACUUGAUCGCUACUGAAGGUUUGCCUGUGCCGUUCGUCACAGCUUUCUAUAUAGUAUUUGGUGCCUGGUGGAUUGGAAUACUGCUAUGGGCUUCCUAUAAGCUCGACCUCUGGCCAGAUUAUUUUAAUCCAAAAAGCAUUCCGGAAAUGCCUUGUCUGGAUGAAGUGGAUGGCAUGGAAGAUACUAAGAAGAUGCCUAAAAUGGUGGCGUUCUUUAUGAGGCACGCUAAGAUAAUCAAGGUAACAAUGUUCCUGGGGUACUGUGGUGUGGUGGUGGCUGGGUUUGUAAUGUCCCUCCUACAGAUGUUAUCAUUCUCUAUAUUCAUCCUGGGAGCCCUUAUCUUUGGACAAGUUAUACUUACCGGAGUGUUCUUUAUUCCUACCAUCUACACAGUAUUGCAACAUUUCGUUAACAUAACUGUGCAGAUAAAAGAAAGCAAGACAUCUGUCUCAAAGCAGUGCUUAGUUCUUUUAGGUAUAGUGUUGUAUGUAGUGAUCGGGUGUGUUGUAGUUGUGAUAUCUCUUAUAUUCUUCACCGUGUUCUCUGUCACUGACAAGUCCAUAUACCCCUGGAGAUCACGGGAACAGAACGCCGAGUGUUUCCUCAAUGGUUUCUAUGACACCCACGACUUCUGGCAUUUGUUUGCCAGCUUUGCUCUCAUGAUGAUGUCUAUGGUAGUGGUACAGAUCUGCAAGCCAUGCCGUGAGUGUUACCUACAAUACGUAAAAAAGAACAAGGAAAGAAUCGAUGCAGUGAGGACAAUGUCAGGGGCAGUAAAUAAGCUUAACUUGACUCAGAAUGCAAUUAACAAGUUCAAGAAACCAAUCAAGACACCAGUCACCCCAGUAGCCGAUGUGGAUAACGAAGCUGGGGGCACUGAGAAAGAUACGUUCCUGGCAACAGAGGCUUGAUAGGAGAGGCCAAGGAAUCAACAUCAUUCAACAAGAAGAAUCAUAACGAGGUCUAAUUACCUUCUGAUUCUAGGUUUACUAAAAGCUAUAUGUAAGAUGCAUGCAUAUAUAUUUAUAUGUGUCACGUGUCGCUGGCGCUGUUACACUAUCUGCGACACCUUCAUUUCAACAUGUUCUACCACCUCAUUAUCUGCACCUUCCUUUCUCUGUGAUGCCAUGAUAAUAUCUUAUACUCGUUGUGUAUGUUAAUGUUAUAUUGUAUAUGUUAUGGGAUAUUAGUGAUGAGUAACUAAACUCAGUUGAACUGAUGCGACACAUGCAGAUUCAUUUGGAAUAUUACGAAGGAGAAAUAUGCUAAACUGCCCAUGAAAAAUAUGUAUGAGUGUUGCAGUUACUAUUUGGGAUACAUAGCAUGUACUCUUUUUUUUUAUAAAACUCGAAUUUAAUCUUAUAUAAUCAGUUAUUUAAAUUAUGAGUCAGCCUAAUUUCUGUUGGGGUACAGUUUAUAGUGUUAACAUCUUUUUACUUUCAUUGCAGAUCAGCUUGAAUGAUUAACUGAUAAACCUAUUACAAAAUAUUUCAAAAUGCAAGCAAUAACCGGAUAACAAGAAUUUUUACGAUUCGUAAUGGAA